GGAUCAAUACUGUGUUAUCAGCUGUCUUGGCUACUAACUGGUUUAUAAAAUCAGUGUAUAGUCUCUGUAACUCUUUUAUCAUGGACCCAGAUGCUUCAUAGCAAUUAUUCACAUUUAUAAAAAGGACAACCUCAGCAAUGUGGAGAAGCCUAGGGCUUGCCCUGGCUCUCUGUCUCCUCCCCUAUGGAGGAACAGAGAGCCAAGGCCAAAGCCCUGUUUGUAAGCAACCUCCAGCCUGGACUAUAGGAGAUCAAAAUCCAAUGCUAAACUCCGAGGGCACAGUGACAGUGGUUGCUCUACUUCAAGCCAGCUGAUACCUGUGUCUCCUGCAGGCAUCCAGAUUGGAAGACCUGCGAAUAAAACUCGAGAAGCAAGGCUAUUAUAACAUUUCUUAUGUUGUUGUUAAUCAUCAAGGACCCCCUUCUCAAUUAAAGCACACACAUCUUAAAAAUCAGGUGUCUCACCACAUUGCUGUUUACCGACAAGAGGAACACCAAACAGAUGUCUGGACUCUCCUAAAUGGAAACAAAGACGACUUCCUCAUUUACGACAGAUGUGGCCGCCUUGUGUAUCACCUUGGUUUGCCUUAUUCCUUCCUCACUUUCCCGUAUGUUGAAGAAGCCAUUAAGAUCGCUUACUGUGAGGAGAAGUGCGGAAACUGCUCUUUCACGAGUUUUGAAGAGGAAGACUUCUGUAAGAAUGUGUCCUCUGUUCCUGCCGGUAAAACAGCAGAGCCCUCAGAAGCACAUCACCACCACAAACAUGAGCAUAAGCAUCAUGGGAGCAGUGAGCCUUCAGAUAAUCAGCAACCAGGAGCACUAGAAGCUGAGCCACAGCUCCCCCCUUCAGGCUUUCAUCACCACCAUAAGCACAAGGGUCAGCAUAGGCAGGGUCACCUAGAGAGCUGAGACCCAGGGGCAAGUGAAGGUCUACAACUUUCACUUGCUCAAAGGAAGCUCUGACGAAGGGGAUGUAUCAACCAGCUCCUGUGUAAGUUAUCUCAGGAGUCUGGGGCAGCUGCUAGUAGCUGCUGCUGCCACUGCCGCCACCUCAUAUUUGAGAAAUCAGGCUCUGCAAUCACUUGACAGUGUGCCGAAAACCUCCCAUCUCUAUGUAGCUGACAGGGACUUUUUGCGGAGGAGAAAGUCAUUGAAUCCUGCCAGUGUCGAUCACCUCCAGCUGCCUGACAGAGUCAGCCUCUAAACCCCACAAAAGCCAGCCCCAACUGAAGCUGAAAUAAUAACACCAAAAAGUGAAAAUGAAAAUCAAACUAAAUGUUUAAAAUUAGAUGUACACUCCCCAAGUCAGUCUAAAUAUAGAAUUUAAUUUCUAGAAUUUUUGCAACCCACCUAAUCAAAGGGUGAACUCAAAGUAGGAAUUGGCUUUGUGCAAAAACAGGGAAAUCAUAUUGGCAUCUAAAUUUAAAAUUUUAUGCCACAGAAAAUUUGACCCAAAUUGGGCUGGUAAUAUAGGCAACUGAAAAGUGAUUGAGGCUUUUGGUUAAUAUGUUUUUCUUUUUCUUUUUCCGGUGUUCUAGUUACAUUGAUGAGAACAGAAACAUAAACUAUGACCUAGGGGUUUCUGUUGGAUAGCUCGUAAUUUAGAAUGGAGAAAGAACAACAAAAACACAUUUUCCAGUUUUUUUUCUUUACUUAAACUCUCAAAACUUUGUCUUUUUAAUACUACAUUUUUAACCAGUUAAAUCUUUAACAAACUACAUUUUAAAUAUCUUUUUUUCUAAGACUCCUAGCUUUAUUUUCACUACAUACAUCUGUGUAUCUUGUUUUCUUCAUCUAGUAUUGUUGUAUUCAUCUGCGUAUUACUGUCUUGAAAGAAGUAAUGGAAGAAAGUAUAUUGUUAAUCUGCAUACUGCUUACGACAGUAUUUCCAUAACCAAUGAUGGUUUAAUAGAGAAACUAAGCCCUAUGAACCUGAACUCUGGUAUGGCUAAUACCAUGAAGCAAGAAUGCAGUACAGAGUUGGCUACAGUACAGGUUUAUCUAAAUAAAUGCAAUUAAAAAAAGCUUAAAA